AGUAAAAGGAUGAGUUUGAGAUAUUGAAAAAGCCAGAAAUGUCUCCGUCUAGAAUUGAAAUAUCUAGCUAGUAAGGCUGACUGCAAAGGAGUUUCUACCCCGAAGUGAUCUGGCGAAGAGCAAACUGUGAGCAAAUUUGCACUAAUGCAACGAAGCUUGAGCUCUAUAAGGCGGUAGAGGGAAGUGAAGGGGUGGAGCUUUAUGAGCUUUCUGGAACACUAACUGAAGGAACCAGAGUAACAGGUCUGAUUAGGGAACACCGGAUGCCCAUGGCAUGAUGCCUGGAAAGAGACAGCUUAGACUGGGAGUGAGGAGUUAGACAGAGGAGAGGACAGGAGUGGAGAGGAGUGACCAGAACCCUACACUCUACCCUACCCCUACCGGCUGCUGCAGUGUGGCUGUGCAUUGCGGUGCCACUCUCAAACCCCACUGUGAUAUUCCUCAGCCAGGCAGGAACCAUGCCAGCCCUGGCCACCGGAUCUGGAAAUGACUCAGAUCUGUAUGAGCUGCUGUCUGCCCUGCCCUCCCAGCUCCAGCCCCAUGUUGACAGCCCGGACGACAGCACCUUUAUACACGACAUGUUCGGAGAGAGGAGCCUCCACUCGCUGGUCAAGAUCCACGAGAGGCUGCAGCACUAUGAGCAUCGUAGUCCUGCCCCCGUCAUGGACAGCGCAGGGUCCCUAGCCACUGACCUGUCUGAGGAACUGCAGGUUAAAGGUGGCAGUGGAGGAAUCGGAGAGCUGCUAAAACUACUGGCUAAACCCCACGUCAAGAGUCUUCUGUCCGUCCAUGACACGGUAGCCCAGAAGAGUUAUGACCCCGAUCUGCCUCCGUUGCCCGAUGACAUCGAUGAUGACGAGGAGUCAGUGAAGAUCAUACGACUGGUCAAGAACAAGGAGCCUCUCGGAGCCACAAUAAAGUGUGAUGAGCACACAGGAGCCAUCCUUGUUGCCAGGAUCAUGAGAGGUGGCGCUGCAGACAGAAGUGGUCUGAUCCGUGUAGGCGACGAGCUGAGGGAAGUGAACGGGAUUCCUGUGGAUGACAAGAAGCCUGAUGAAAUCCUCCGCAUUCUGGCCCAGUCUCAAGGGGCCAUUACGUUUAAAAUAAUACCAGGUAUCAAAGAGGAGGCGCCGAGCAAGGAGCCCAAGAUGUUUGUGAAGACACUGUUUGACUACGAACCAGCGGAGGACAAAGUCAUCCCGUGUAAGGAGGCGGGUCUGACCUUCAAGAGGGGAGAUAUCCUUCAGAUCAUGAGCCAGGAUGAUGCAACCUGGUGGCAGGCCAAACAAGACAGCCAUGCCAACCCCCGCGCCGGCCUCAUACCCUCCAAAGAGUUCCAGGAGAGAAGAGUUGCACUGCGUCAGCCCGCCGCCCAUGUUUUUCAGGCCCAGAAGAUCUCCAACAGAAGAUCAUCUGGUUUUCGCCGGAGCUUCCGCCUCAGCAGGCGAGACAAGAAGACCAACAAAUCCAUGUAUGAGUGUAAGAAGAGUGAGCAGUACGACAUGGCUGACGUGCCCACGUACGAGGAGGUGACUCCCCACUGCAGGCAGAGUGGGGCCAAGCAUAGGCUUGUGGUCCUCGUCGGUCCCGCGGGGGUAGGUCUAAAUGAGCUGAAGAGGAAGCUGCUGAUCUCUGACCCCCGACACUUCAGCGUUACCGUGCCACACACCAGCCGGCCGAAGAGGAACCAGGAGAUUGACGGGGUGGAGUAUCACUUCAUCUCCAAAAAUAUAUUUGAGACGGACAUCAAAAACAACAAAUUCGUAGAGCAUGGUGAGUAUAACGGGAACUACUAUGGGACCAGUCUGGACUCUGUGCAUUCUGUCCUGUCCAAGAACAAGGUGUGCCUGCUGGACGUUCAGCCUCAUAUGAUAAAGCACUUGAGGACGGCAGAGUUGAAACCCUACGUGGUGUUUGUGAAGCCGCCGCCCAUCGAGCGCCUGCGGGAGACCAGAAGGAACGCUAAGGUCAUCUCAGGCAAGGACGACAAGGGAUCCGCCACGCCAUUCUCGGAGGAGGACUUCCUGGAAAUGGUGAGCACCGGCCAGCAGAUGGAGAGCCAAUACGGCCACUUGUUUGAGAAGGUGAUCGUCAACGACGACCUGACAGCAGCAUUCAGUGAACUGAAUGGGGCUCUGAAGAAGAUGGAGACAGAUACUCACUGGAUACCCAUCAGAUGGACUCACUCCUGAGAACCACGGAGAGAGAGAGACUUUUUGAGAAAGAAUAUUAAAAAGGGAAGGACUUUUUAACAAAGUUGUUAGUAUAUUUAUAUAUUUUACCCUUAUUUCUGCCAUGUGUGUGGUGGGCGUUGUUGGAUAGCAGUGAACUGACUUUAAAUAUUGCACUACCCACAGGGCUCUGGUCAAGGUACUAUGUAGGAAAUAUGGUGCCAUUUUGGGACGAAGCCUGUAUCUCUCUCUGGGUCUUCCACUGGGCCCUGUCCAGCUCAGUCAACAGUCAAUGCACUGGACAUCUUGAGGGUGGGGCUGGUCUGAUCUGGUUUUAGACCGCUGCUUUGUCUUCAGAUCGCUUUCACUGUGACUGCCAAUCAGUGCUGUGCCAGUACGUACUGUAACUACGAGCUUCUUCCUUAGUGUGUUUUUAACAUUAGUUUAUAGAAAACAAAGGGAUUUGUAUUUUUCUGUUUCUGGAUUGACAGUGGGCGGUGUUUACAUGUACAUUUCUGUAUGUUACUGCAAAGCCUCAAGAAGAGAAUAAUGGGGAAAGAGAUACAAAUAAACAUUUAGCCUUCAAGUCUUAAACUCCGCUUCGUUCCAAAAGUUCACCCUUUUCUCUAUGUAGUGCACUACUUUUGACCAAGGCCCAUAGCAAUCUGGUCAAAAAUAGUCCACUAUAUAGGGGUAGGUUGCCAUUUCUCAUGCACCUUCAAACUCCGGUAAACUAUGCCCUUGCCGUUUUUAACGCUUCCAUAGACUGUUAUGCCAAGAUGGCAAAGCAAAAUGGUACAGUACACUCAUCGAAGGGCAACAACAGGUGUCAUUUUAUUUCAGAGAAAUUAAUAUAUUUUCAUAUUUUCCUGCUAUUUUACAUACCUUUUUAUAUAUGACAUAUUUCUAACAUAUUUUAUAAAGAAGCACCAUGAUACUGUCACUGUAUAACCUGAGGUGAUUCCUGACGUUACUUUGAUGUUGGAAGCCUUCUUUCAAGGCAUCAGACAGUGUCUUGUCGUCGUACCUCAAGUUCCCGUGCCCUACUUUACACAGAGUGCGUUCUAAACGGCACCCUUAUUCCCUAUAUAGGGAUUUAGGACAACGCCUCUGUGUUUUAUACUUUUUUUUUAUUUAGGAGCUAUUUAAAAAAAGAUAUUUAGACCCUACUUUGAAUACUUUACUCAUGACGGUGACCAGGCAGCAAAACAAUUUGCCAAUUAAACUACCAGACAUUGGCUUGUCAUUUGUAAGUAAAAUGUUCUCAAUCUAGUAUAAUUAGGGUGGAGUGGAGUUAGCCUUAAUGUAUUCUCAUAAAACAGGCCUAAAACAAGGAACCUUACAGAGGGCUCCAUAGCGCUAAUAGAUUUACAACAGACCGAAGAAAAAAAAGUAGCUGCUUCUAACUUAACAAGGUUCAGGUUAUAUAGAGAAAGGUUAGAGUUGCUAGUCCUCCACACCUCUCUUUCAAUUUCCCUCCUGUCUGUCUGUCUGUCUGUCUAUCCCUCUACCCUUUCCCUGCUAUUCAGUUUCUGUAUCCCAACGGUUAGACUAUAAAGUGUAUGUUGGAUUGUUUGAUGAGAUCAUUUCUGGAGCUAACUUUCCCCAAAUUGUAUGGACAGUUACCAGAAUUUUGCAACCCUAAUCAUGUCUGACCCUACACAAAUGGAAGGUUAAUUCGGCUUCCUCUCAACAUUUCAUACAGUUCCUCCUGUAUAGGGUAGCAAUUAUUUAUAUUUUUUUCAUUCCUUGGUUUUCCAGGAUUCCUGGUUGGAAUAUUCCUGGAAUCAGGGGGGAAUUACCAGGAGAUCCUCGAAUCCUUACCAGAAUUCUCCAACCCUACUCCUGUAGUCUGGGUUUAGGCCCUGCUGGGUGCAGUGACCUCACGAGCAGUGACCUCAUGUUCUCUCUCUUCCCAAGUUUUCACACUUACACCACCAACCAUAGGUGUUAGUUAGUUAGCUCCGUUUCCAGCUAAGGUCAUGAAGAGGCACCACAGCUAUCUCUGUCUGGUGUCUGUUUUCUCUUUUAAAGCUGUUCUCUCUCUCUCUCUCUGUCUGGUGUCUGUUUUCUAUUUUAAAGCUGUUCUCUCUCUCUCUCUCUCUUUUUUCUUUUAUCCCUUUAUUUUUAUUGAUCAAAACAUGUCUUUAUAUCACAGGUGCGCCUGUUUAUUUUCUUUCUGAUUAUCAAGCUUAUUUAAAAGGAUAUUUUUGUUUCAGGUUAAGCCACUAGAAUACCAUGUUUAUCUACACUUCCGGGUUAACCCUUAAGUUUUCCCAUCAUUUUAUUACAUGUUCAUGUUAUGUUAGGUUCAUAAUUACCCUCUAGCCAUCCAUAUCAUUUAUCGGAUUCAGAAGUUCAGUCUGUGAGGGUAUUUUUCUUCAGACUGAAUAUGAAAUACUUUAUUUGGCAAGUUGUAAGAGUUUUCUUUUUAUUUGUACAUUUUAUAUUAAAAUAUUCAACCAAA